CAUGCUGCAGACCAGGCAAUCCGAGGCAGCAGCACGGGUGUCUCUGACUCUGGUGGCGACAUCGACUGGACAUCAUGAACUCCGCGCCCACCUCGCGGUUGGCGCCGCUGCUGCUGCUGGUGCUGCUGGCGGCCGCCGGCGCCCGGGCGGGCUACCUCCACGGGCCGGUGCCGCUGCCCGUGCACGCUCCCGUCGUGUCCUACGGGUACCACACCGCCGUGGUCAGCAAGCCCCUGGUCGUGCCGCACCCACUGCCCUACCACCACCCGCUGCCCUACCACCACCCGCUGCCACUGCCGCACCCGCUGCCCUACCACCACCCCCUGCCCGUGCACCUGCCACCGCCCGUCAUUGUCAAGCCCAUCAGCACCUCCUACCAGAGCUUCCACAAGGUGGACCGGCCCGUGUACCCCAUCACCGUGCUGAAGCCCCUGCCGCUGCACCCGCCGCUGCACCCUCUGCCGCUGCACCCACCGCUGCACCCGCUGCCGCUGCACUCGCUGCCCCUCUACAGCCCCCACUACCCCCACUACCUGCACUAGUCCUGCCCCCCGUCCCCCACGCCCUUCGUCGACAACGUCCCGCCCGCCUGUGUGAAAGACAAAGUCAAUAAAAACAAACGACACGCAAGUUUGGCUACUGCCAAAGACAA